AGCCCCCCCAUCACGUUGUUUGACUCACUUUGAUCGUCUGUACUUUGCUGCAGUUCUGUCUUUUCAGCCGGGACAUUUUUGAGACACCAGCAUGUCGAUGGAGAAGAAGGUGGUKUUGAUCACAGGAUGCUCCUCUGGGAUCGGACUCAGCUUGGCGGUUCGAUUGGCCUCUGACACCAGCAAAGUGUUCAAAGUGUAUGCCACAAUGAGGAACCUGGCCAAGAAAGAACGUCUUUUAGAGUGUGUAAAAGAUCURCACCGGGAUACGUUGGAAAUACUUCAAAUGGACGUGACUGAUAGACAAUCCAUCCUGWCGGCACGAGACAAAGUUGUGGAGAARCGGGUGGACAUUCUGGUGUGUAACGCCGGUGUGGGUUUGAUGGGACCCCUGGAGGUUCAGUCCUUAGACACAAUGAGGCGCAUUCUGGAGGUCAACCUUCUUGGCACCAUCCAGACCAUUCAGGUGUUCUUAUCAGGAAUGAAAGCACAAGGUCAGGGCCGCAUUCUGGUCACGGGCAGCACCGGAGGGCUUCAUGGUCUGCCUUUUAAUGAGGUGUACUGUGCCAGUAAGUUUGCAGUUGAAGGAGCMUGUGAGAGUCUGGCUGUCCUCCUGCAACACUUUAACAUACAAGUCAGUCUCAUCGAGUGUGGUCCGGUCAACAGUGACUUCUUGAUUAACCUGCAGAAGGCAGAGCUUGGGGAUCCAUCGCUGCAACAAGUUGAUGGCAGAACGAUCAGCCUGUAUGAGAAAUACCUGCAACACUGCAGCACGGUUUUCCAAAAUGCUGCACARGACACCGAAGAUAUUGUCGAGGUAUUUCUUGAUGCCAUCCAUUCCACCAGUCCUGCAUUCAGAUACUUCACCAACAGCGUCAUGCCUCCUCUUACCCAGCUGAAGGUCACAGAACCACAUGGAAGGGAAUACAUAGAAACUAUGAGCAAGAUCAUUUUUGCAGAUGAGGACCAAUAACUGCAGAAAUGUUGCUCUUUCAAUCAAGCAACCACUUUAUCUGCAAACUUUGGCCUAAGUGAAAAGAAUAGUGUUUGUUUUUUUUCCAAUUUUAGCUUCUGGGGCAAAGGUGAUG